AUGUUUGAGAGCUCUGCCGCUGGAGCAGCUGACGCUGCAAGUGGCCUCUCGCCCCGCGCUCUCCGUCCCGCUGUUCCGUCGCGGGCCGGCAGUCCCAUACAGAUUUGUCGUUCGCCGCCCGCGGCUCUCUCGGCCUGCGGCCAGGAUCCGAGUAGCGGCGGGAACCGCGGCGAGAACGAACUGAACGCGCAGAAGCCUUCACUUCGCUCACCCCUCUCCAGCGAGAGUCCGUCUCCGUACUCGUCUUCCGCCGUCUCGCCGCCUCGCCUGCAGCUGUCGCCCUCUCCCUCGAGAGGACGAGAAUCAAGGGAGAGAGGCAGAGGCGCGGGGGAGCAGCGUGCGGGCGGCGAAGCGGAGGAGAAAUGGGGAUGGACUGCCGCCGGAGCUCCGCAGUCCUUUCGGCCGUCGGGAAUUCCCUCUGCGGCUGCUCAGUUCGCGGAACCUUCGUCGGGCUCCACGGCUUUGGGACUUCGGACAGAAGAUGCUUCUUCACUCGCUGCCGAUGUAACUAAAACACGAAGGGCUCCUCGCCAGGGUCUACCGUCGGGUUCUGCAGGCAGUCGCACGUGUUCACGGUCUUCUCCGCAUUCUGUCUCUUCUCCGUCCUCUUCUUCUCCGUCUUCACUUUUUUCUUCUCCGUCUUCUUUCAGCUGUCUCCGCGAGCCUUUGCCGGGAAGGAGACCUUGCGGCACGAAUGCAGGACAAAGCCGACGCGAGAGAUCCCCCGAGUCAACUGGCAGCGAAGCGGAGCGGCCUUGCGGCUGGGACACUUCGCGCGGCACCAUGGAUGUCUCGUCUCCGUGCUCUGCACGGGGCCGGAGAGGUCCGUCUCCCCUCGCCGCUCCGUCCUCUCCAGUCGUUGCCCCUCUUCCGUCUGGCGUGUCUCCGCGCCUCCGCUCUGCCGCCUGUCACCACUGCAGCGACCCGAGUCCGUCCAAACUGCGCUGCCUGUCGCCAAGGAGAGCAGAAGAAAGACAAGGUUCUGCGGCGCCUUCCCCGCUUCAGUGUUCGGGGCCGGUGUGCCCAGAAGCAGGCUCGACUGUCCUCCCUGCUCCCCACAUGCUCUUCCCUGGAGGCCUCUCGCCUCCCUUGAUUUCAAAGUCUUCGGGGGAAAGCGGAACUCGGCACUCACCCCGUGCCCGUUGCGCGACUUCUCCGAAGCCAGCGUCCUUGUGUACCUCUCUCUCUGCUGCCGUGUUGUCCUCGUCGUCUCCCUGCGUCUCGUCCUCCUCUGUUGCGUCCUCGGCGAAUCUGCCCUCCGCCGACCCUCUGUCUCAUUCGUCACCUCUCGUCUCUUCUGCAUCCGGUAUCGCUUCUUCCUCUCCUUUGAUUCCUUCCUCUGCCUCGCCACGUGCGUCGUCGCCAACUCCGUCUUGGUCGGCUCCUGACGAAGGAAGCUGCGCGCGAGCAGACCCUGAAGCGUCCAAGGCGAGUGCCCUGAACGGGACGGCUGCGGCUCAGUCCGCGCUCCGCGAGAAGCCGACUGAGGGGGUGCACAGCGAUCGAAACAGUGGAACGCCUCGUUCCUCGGCCUCUGACGCAGCAGGUUCUCUGCAUGCGAGUGCGGCGGCUUCGAGGCUGUCAAGGCCAGACGACCGAACCGACACGGCGACCUCUCUUGCAUGUGGAGUAGACGGGGAGAGAGAAGACCUGUCCACUCGGAAUGAAGCGGCCUCAGGCGUCAGACGGGAGGAAAGUAGUGCUGGGGGGGCGGCGAGUUCCGUGUUCUUGGAUGCCACGAGUCAGUCUCGUCGCGAGGAACUCGAGGGGCGAGUAGCCUCUGCGCACCCCCAACGUGGGGUUGAGCACUCACACAGGGAGGGCGACGCUGCCGAGGACCAACAGACCCAGGACGAGGCGUCUCGCUCCGCCCACUUCCCGGAACUUCCAAAUCUUGGUGCUCACCCCCCCCGAGAAAAUUCAGAUUCUGUCAGGCAGACCUCUUCACGGGAGAUCGGCGUGUUCAGGGACAGCAGGUCGAGUCUUUCGAGGCCUUCUGCCGCGUUUGAGGCAUCCGUCGAUGUCCGGUGGGAAGGAGACACAGACAGGGCAAGACGCGAAGGCGUCUCGUCGCCGUCUGGUGUCUCGGAUCCAACUGCAGGCGUGCGGGACCAGGCAGGUCGGUCGCGCGGAAGGACGGAGGGACUCGGAGAUAGGAGACAAGUGGCCGAGGGAGACGCCGAGGAGGCCCCGCCGUCGCUCGAGGGCGAGAGAGCAGUGAACCGAGCGGACCGGCACGCGGGUGGAGGGGACUCAGCUCUCGGACCAGAUUGUGGGGCCGGUGGAAAGGAGGCGGCCGUUUCUCGACGGCCUUCUGAGGGAGCAAAGCGUGCUGUGGAGACCAGUCCAGCGCGCCAGGCUGAAAGAGUGGAGGAUCCGGUGGGUGUCGCAUUUUCGGUGUUGGGCGGCGAGAAGGCCAGCGCGACUGGUCGCGGAAACGCGGAAGUUCGGCCGGACUCGUCCCGGAGUCCAGAGGCCAGAACCCGGGAGCUUACGAAGCAGGAAGGCAGAUUCCUGUCGGCAGAGAAUCUCCCUUUGCCGUUCUCUCCGUCGGCCACGUCCCAGUGGGUCUCCGAUGGCGGAGAGGACGAGUCUGCGCGGGCGUCUUCUUUCUGUUCAGCCUGGAGUCCGUCGGAACCGCGACAGGAGAACAGGUCCGAGGGGGUGAGCGGCUGGCAAGGGCCGUCUGACUUGGCUCACGGCGUGCAGGCCUCCUCGCUUCUCGCGGCGGCGUCUACGCGGCCGGACAGAGGCGAAGCGGGCGUCGUGUGCGGCCGACUUGGUGCGCAUGACCAUUUCUUCUCUCCUGAAGCCAGUCACGCAUUUGCGUCCGCCUCGUCUUCGCAGUACGAAGGACAGCUUGCCUCCGCACCCACCUCGUCGUUUCACACGCCUCGAGAGGCUCUCACUGUGGAGGGCUUCGACCUGACCUGCUGGGGCGAGAGCCUGCACAAGCGGACAGAGGGCGAACCUCGCGGGGACGCAGACGAGGACUUGGGAAGCGAGUUUCGAACUGCCCGAGGCAGCCGACGGCUGGAGCGGGACUCCCUCACGCACUUGGCAGCUGCGGGGCCAGCAGGCGAGGCUCAUGCGGCCGCGACAGGCGUGAGCGAGACAGAGACAGCAGUGACGCGAAUCCUCGACGGAGGCGAUGGGGCGCCUGCUCUGAGGGAAGCAGGACACGCCUGGGAACACGCCUCGCUUCUGUCAGUCGAAGAUCGGAGUGCUGAAGGCCCUGGCGACGGGGGCAGAGACCCGAGUUCUCUCCCGGCGAUACCGUGUCUUGUCACUCGCGAGAACGGGGAUGUGGAGGGAGACGAGUCCAGCGAAAGUCGUGGAUCACUGGGGGAGGAAGACGGACAAAACCGUGGAGCGCUUGACAACGGGACGCAGGACUCUGGGCGAGAAUCAAGGGAGUCGGAAGAGCGGUCUUCCUUGAGAGAGCAAUCCGACGAUCGAGAACGCGGGCCCAGCGCCGCAGAGAACGGUCACGGCGAGGCGAGCUUUCCGGCUUUUCAGGUGUCCGAGCAGCCAGUGGCUGUGUCGCCCGCUGAGCGAUCUCCAAAGGACGGGAAAGAACGCCUUCUGAGCACUCAGGCUGACGCAGAGGACACGCUUCCCGCGCAGGAUCUGCCGCUUCCGCCGCGAGAAGAGAGAGAGAAAGAAGGGGAGGUUGAAUCGAGCCGUCCCCAAGUCGCGCCUCACCCUGAGUGCAGGAGUCCCGUUUUUUUGCGGGAGAGGGCGGGCGACGCAGACGUCCCUGUGGCGGCGUUUCCGGAGGAGAAUCUCCCCUUGCCAGUGUCCGAAAACCAGGCCAGGCGUCUCGCGUUCCCGUCCGCGGCCGGGGAGAAGGCCCACUCGGAGCGUUUGUCUCUCCAGACGUUGCCGUCGAUGGAGCGCCAUGCGAGCGGGUACCGCCGGUUGUCCCUGGCUUCCGACACCUCGGGGCCUCGCCGGCACUCCUUCUUCCAGGGGGGAGGGGCGUCGGACGACGGCAGGCAGGCGAUGAGCCCGUCGUGUCUGCCGCAGACGAAACGCUACAGCUUUCUGGCGAUGAGUGGUGACGAGUCGGUUUCCUCGCUGUCGCAGUUUUCCGGCGAGGAGAGCGCGGGUCGGGCUCGCAGGCUGGGGCCGAAGCGGGAAAGGGAGAGGCGACGCCGCCAAGAGGGCGACCGAUACUUCCCGGUAAGCGAUAAUCGCGCACCGUUUCUCCCCGGAGUCAGCCCCGGAUAUGCCUUUCCGAGCGGCGGUUCCCAGGCGGGCUCUCCAGCGUCCGAUCCGGGGACGCAUCCGCGUCGGAUGGUCGGCGGCGCGUGUUCGCCACCGGGAGAGCCGCAGUCUCCUUUUCUCUGCUCACGAGGGCCUGAAGCCGUGGCAUCGGAGGCGAGGCCCCCACUCACGGGCCUCUCGGCGACUCCCGGCGCUUCCCCCAGGACUGCCCCGUUCUACGCGCCUGGCGGCGACGCGGCUGCUCGAGGCGCUCCGUCCGAGGUGUCCGCUCAGCGGCCUCCAGUUCACCAGCACGGCGUGGCUGCGUCGCCUGGCGCAGGAGUCCCUUUCGCUUUUCCGCAGAAACUGUCUCCCGGCGAGCGGCGGCCGAGUCCAGGUGGUCAGCCCCAACAGCCCUUUGUUGGAGUGUCUCCUCAGAUUCUUCUUCAACAGCAGCAGCUCUUCCUGCAGGCGACGGCAGCGCAUCCCCUUCGCGGCGGCGUCCCGUCACCCCCUCAGACUGCUCUACAGGUUGCGCCCCAGCACCUGCUGGUGCCCGUUGGGCCGUCAGUGUCUCCGCUUCACCACGCAGCCCUCGCCGCGCGGCGCCCCCCGGGGGCGAACGCGAUGUCGCCCGUGGAGAUGCACCCGGCGGUCCCUUUCCUCCCGUUCUUUCCGGUGGCCCAGUCGGCGCCUCCUGUCGCGCCGGGGUACCCUGGCGGCCCGGGGCCAGCUGCCCCGCUGAUGCCCGUGUCUCCGCCGUUCUCCGGCUUCGCGCCGGUUCCUCCCAUGGCGGGACCGUCUCCGGUGCCCGUAGUCGUGGAGGGGCCCGCCGCAGUCGUCCCUCCAGCGCCCCACACGCAAGGGGCGAUGCGGUGUGGAACCGGGGCCAGCAGGGAAGGCCCACAGAAGGGCGAGAGGGGGGAGACCGGAGCUGGAACCAACCCGCAGGCGCCGUGCGCCGCGUCGCCACCCGGGGCAGGCACACCACCCAGUGGUGGACCAUGUUUGCACGACCAAAUCCACACCGCCAUUCAGUCUCUACAGGAGCUGUCGCAACAGCUGGGCCACCAACACCAGCUCCAGCGGUUGCAGCAGCAGCUUCUCGCCUCUCAGAGCUCCGCGCUCCCCGAUGGGGCUCGGAACCUCCGUGCUUUCGGCGGACGGGCGCCGCGAGCGGCUGCAAAUGCUCCCACAGCGCCGGCGCCUCCCGCUGUCCCUGUCGGGUUGGGGUCCCCAGAUAGAGGGCCUUCGCGCGUCGAAACGGGCGCGGACCGGAAGGGCGCAGGGCGAGGCGAAGCAGGCGAGCCCGCGAAUCCCGAGGGGGGGCGAGGCGCCUCGCCAGCGGAGGUCGCGGGUGAAGCUGAGCCUGACAGUGGGGCCGUGUUUCCUGGAAACGGUGGUGCCGCACCAGCCAGCGCUCGGGCACAAAACGGCUCGGGCGCGUCUUCGGUGUCUCCUCCCACGUCUUCCCCCGACUCGUCGUCCCCGUCCCGUCAGCCGACGCCUCCCGCUGCCGGUGCGCCUGCUCUUCCGUCUGCUGCGAGUCCCGGUCCCUCGGGUUCCUCCCCGGCGGGCCCCGUGGGGCCUUCUGGGGUCUCCGUGCCGGAAGCUUCGUCCGCCUCUCAACCUCCCGCGGCUCCUCUCUCGCAGAGCGCGAACCCUGUCCCGGCGCUUGCCCCCGUGGGCGCCGCGCCGGUUCCCUCGUCUUCGUAUGCUUCGCCUCCGCACCAAGUGUGCCGCAUUCUGUUGCUCUCCGAGCAGCUGCUGCAGCAGCUGCUGCACCACGUGACGCCGACGGCUUCGGCUCGGGACGAGAAGCGACUCCUGUACAACUCCCUCGUGCACUUUGUCCACAACAUCUUGGGGAGUGAACAUCUGCGCGCGAUGAUCGAGGCUGUCCAGCAGCAGCUGGCGCAUGCAGGCGAGUCGGCCUUGGGGAGCGACUGGCCGCUGCGGAAUGUGCAGCUGCAACUCGUCGACUCGGCGCGCGUGCCGAUUCUCACGCUGAGGACGCCGGACGCCUCCGUCGUGUGCGACAUCAGCGUGAACACGAGCAACAGCAUAUGGCAUUCGGAGUUCUUCAGCUUCGUCCUCCAGCAGCGGCCGCAGCUGCGGCCUCUCAUGCGUCUCCUCAAGGUGUGGGUGCGGAACCGGAAGCUGCCCACCAUGAAGGAGGGUGGUCUUCCCAGCAUCGUCUGGAUGAUUCUCGCGGUCUACUUCUGCCACGGCGGGCAGCGCCACCAGCUCCGAACGAGCCGCGCUGGCGACGAGGGCGCAUGCAACUCGCGAGCAGACCGUGCGGCGGGGCUGCUCGGCGCAGCUGCCAGUGAGGGGCGCGCGCGGGAGCGUGGAAACGAAGAGAAGAGCGUAGGCGACGCGCAGGCCGGAAGACGAUCCGACAAAGACGCGGACGAGUCCGAAGCCGCGCAGGGCGACGGCGAGACGGGCCCUAAGGCCGUAGGGCGCGUCCCGUCGGCUUCGCUUGCCUCGAGUCCCAAGAACGGGGCGGGACAGGCAGAGCCUCCGCAGAGCCCCGAGGCGUCUGACGGGGGCGCGGGGAACGGGACUGCUUCGUCUGCACACCUCGUCAGUCCCUUGGGGUUUCUCGCGCCCAUGGUAGGCCUGCCAGCCCCCAUUCUUCCCUCCUUCUUCCCGCUCCUUCUGUCGCUGCUCCAGUUCUUCGCCCACCUCCGAAACCGUACCUGUCUCUCGCAGUCGAUCUUCAUCUGCUGCUCGCCGUCCGGCGCGGCCGCGCCUGCAGGGGCGUUCCCGCGGCCCUCCGUGGCGCCGCCCCCCGCUGGCGAGGACUGGGGCCUUCGCCAGUUGCCUUCCGCGUCUGGCGUCAUCGCGCCCGAACUGCACCAAGCGCUUGCUUCGUCGGCGAUUUUGUCGGGAGGCAGCCCCGGGGGGGACGGUGUCCGGCAGAGCGCGAGUGGCGGAGCUGCGCUGCCGGUGGGUGCGGCUUCGUCUCCGUUGCUGGUGUCCUCUGUGCCCAAGCCGAGGACCGAGGCGGCUCAGCGCAUCAUUUCGUCCUUCUGCCACGGCGGCGUCUGGGACGAUUUGCUCUCGGUCUACGACUACCCCAAGACGAACGCCGCGUACCUGCACACGGUCGGACCCGGCGGCAGCUUCCAGGCAGGCGGCUCCGCAGCCUCGACGUCGACUGGAAACGCUGGCGCAGCUCCAGGCGGCGGGCCAGGCGAGGAGCCUGCGAUCGACCUCGCGGCGAAGGUCUCGAGCGCCACGUGGCUGGUGUAUCUCUACGAGCUCGGCAGGGCUGCGCACCUGCUCAACUCCUUUCUCAAGGCCGUCAACCGGUUUCACCUCCUCCUGCAGAUUCUCCACAGCCAAGCCGCGAAUUCGCACCUUCAGACCCAGCUCCAGCACUUGCGGACGCUGCAGAUCGAACGACGGGCGGCGGUCUCUGCGAACGGCGAGACGCCUUCAGAGGAACGUGCGGCGAAGCGCAAGGAAGAGCCGGAGGGCUCUGCCGCGACUUCGCGGCGGCCGUCCGCGGCGGGUGGAGACGACCAGACUGCGAGCGCAGACGCGCACGAGGCGCGUGUGAAGGGCGACGCGAAGACGGGGAUGUUGGAGACUGAAGGAGACGAGAAAACAAAGUUGGGACCUCCAGGCGCGGCCUCCAGCGGCGCGCCAGGGUCGUCCCCGACCUUCCCUUUCACGCAGGGGCUUCAGCUGUUUAGGCGCGACUUGUUGAUGGGCGUCGCAGCGAUCUUCGACGAGAUCUCAGACGACCGGUAUCUCCUUCCUGCGACCUACGAAGAAGAGCACGAGGAACCUGAAUCCGCACCCGCGGACGAAGCUCUGCUUGAUGCGUUCCUCAGCGCGGGAGACGCAGAAGACCGGGAGGAUCCGCCUCCCGAGGCGUCGCCUGUGUCAGAAACAGUCCAGACGAAGCAGACAGGGCCAGGAAGCGAUGCGGCGGCUGUGGCGCUCUCCGCGUCGAGCGCCUUGGCGACCGGAUGCGGAUCGCAAAUCGGGAUGCCCCCCAGUAAAGGUCUCUCCGAGUUGGCCGAUUCCGUGCGCAUCUCCGUCAUGAGGCCCGCCACACUGACGUCGAAGGUUUGGCUGUUAGCUGUUCUCGAGGGCAGAUUGUGCGUCAUCGAGAGCAACAAGACCUGUCAGGAAGGCGGCUGGUGGAGUACGCAGUUCCUCAGUCGCAGAGACGUCCGCAGCACGCUUCACGGGCGCCUCUAUCUCCUUGUGGGGCUGCAGCCGCUCCAGAGAUAUCUUCUCUCGCGCCAGAGACGCUCGCGCGGCGAGGGGCGGCGGCCCGCAGCCAACGGGCCGGCGGAGACGGACGGCGCGGCCUCAACAGAUGGGAAGGCGGACCCGGGGGAGACGGCGCGCGUGCAGGCUGCAACGGGACGCGGAGUGGAAGGACAACCGGAGGCAGGGACGCCACCGGAGAUAGGGAAAGACGCCAGUGGGGCGGAGACUCUUGGAAGUGGGGGGCGCGGAGAUAGGGAAGAUGUCGACGUUCUCUCCGGCGUGGACUCGGUCUUUCCACUGUCUUGCUGCGCGCAAGACAGCGCAUCAUCGUCUCGUGAGGCCGGUUCGGCCGGUGACGCGCCUGAAGACGCGAGUCAAGAGGAAGAGGCGAGCUCGUUCUUUUCGUCGGAGGGUCACUUCCCCGCGUUGCUGGUUCCAGUCAAUCCAGAGAGCGUGACGCCUCCCGUUCUUUUUUCACCGUGCAAUUUCGUCACGCGCCUGACGGUUCUCCAGUGUGGAGUGCCUUCCUCGCUCGCGCGUCCCCUCCUGUCUCUCUUCCCGUCUCUGGUCCCGGGGAAGACGAAGGGGGCCGAGGCCGGCGCGAAGGCCCCCAUGUCUCUGCGGGUGCUGCCGUCUUGGGAGAUGGCGCGCGUCGCGACUCUCCACCGCAUCGCCGCCACGUCGCCGUGGUUCCACACCGCCGCCCCCAGGCACCAGACGCUUCUCCACGUCGGCAUGCGGGCCCCGCUGCAGCCGACUGUGGCUCGGUGUCGCCACUGCGGCGUUUCGGGCGUGGCUGCGGUCGGCGGUCUCCUCGACCAGGCUGAGAAGGAGCUGCGCGAGGCCAUGCACGCAAAGUUUUCUGCCUCCGCGGGCCACGCCGGCCGGAGCGAAGCGCGCGUGGGUGACGCGAAGAGCGGAGACGCUGGGCCUCCUCGCGCGUCUCGGGAGACGGGCGAAGGUCCCUUUGAGGCUUCGCCGCCGGACGAAUCUGGGAACAAAAACGACCGCGAGGAGACACGAACUCUGACGGCGCUGGCCGCCUUAACGCUCGCUGCGGAGCGCCUGGAGACUUCCAGUCGGAGUGGCGCAAAGGCAGGGACGAACGCGGGACCGGGGUCCGUCCGGGCGCCCCCCGGAGACGCUGCAGGCGAGGAGCGGUGUGAGGCCGACCGAAGCACAGACGACCAGAGUGGAAAAGGGAAUGUGCGGCCGGCACGAAGCGCUCCCACCCCGGCUCCUGGCAGUAGUGCGGGUGCGGGGACGGAUUCCGGAAGAGGCGCUGGGGCACCGGCGACUGUUCCAGGUGCGGGCGGAAGCAAUGCCUGGGGGACUCGGCCGUCGCCGCCCUAUGACUCGGCUGCGGGUGCGCAUCAAGCGGCGAGCUUCGGAGCUGCUCUGGGCGCGUCGACCGGGCCGAAUCUGCCGAUGCUCCCAGGAAAGAAGGGCGGAGUUCAAAACCCAGCUGCGUCUGCGCCGCCUGUGCCGCGUCCGCCGUCGCACCUCCACGCGGUCGCGUCCGCACCCGUUGGCGGACCGCAGCACCCGCUGCUGUCUCCGUCGCCCUUGGGAGCUGAGGGCGCACAUGCAGGUCAGUCCGCACUUGGCGCAGUCCCCGGUCGCGGGUCUGCCGUAUCUCCAGUGACGGGACCCGCAGGCGUCGUCCCUGCCCCGGCCGCGCAUCUUCUUCCGCAGCCUCCGCCGGUCUCCGCGCAGCCUCAUCCGCCCGUGGUCUUGCUCCUGCCGGUGACUCCGCAGCACCUCCUCGUUCAACACCAGCAGCAACUCCUCCAGCAGCAGAUGCUGCAGCAGCACUUCAUCCAGCAGCAGCUCGCGCACGUGGCGGCGGUCGCGGCACUCAACGGCGCGAGGCCGCCUGGGGUUGGAGUGCUUCCGCCGCGCCCCGUGGAGCAUCCCGGCGCGAGGCCGCCGCCCCGGAUGCCCGCAGGCGUGUCGGACGCGCCGGCGAGCGAGCCUGGAGCUGCGCAGAACUGUGACGCCGCGGUGGCGUCCCCGUCGCAGCCCUUUGAAGCGGAGGAUCUUCGAGGCGCGCAGCAGCUGGUCUUCCAGGAGAAAGCGCCGAGCGAGAAGGCUCGGCAUGCAGGGUUCUACUACGGCGGGAGCCCCGCUGGACCGGGGAGGAGCGAGGGCAGCGGAGGUCGCGGUGCUGGAUCCAACACGCGCGGGGCGGCGGUCUCGACGGCAGGCAGCGCAGGCGACUCCAGGCGCGGCUCUCAGCAGCUCUCGAGUCUCCACAGUGAAGACCACGCUGGAGGCGGCGGCUUCCCAGGUCUCGGGUCUCCGGACGCUCAGAACUGGGGACGAGGCGGCGUGCCAGGGAGCAGUGGAGGCACAUCCAAUGGGCGAGUCGCGGGCGGCGGGAUGCAUGCAGGAAGCGCGCAGGCGGCCGCGGGAGGUGGGCACCAUCCCGGGUUUCCGACCAGAAGCACCGGCAGCUGCGGUGGCAGCGGCAGCCCGCACGGCGGAAGUCGCCAGGCGAAUGGAGACGGCGUCCCCAGGUGGGGCCCUGGAGAAGAGCGAGGCAGUCCUGGCUUCCUGGAGCUGCAUGCGGCGCGGCCGGCGGAGCUGCGAGUGAACCAGGAGGUUCAGGGCGGUUUGAGUCAGAAGCGUCGAGACGGGGACGGAUUCCCUGAGUUCACGUCCGUGUCGGGAGUCGAAGAAGACCCGGCGGCAGUCGGCAGCUCCAAUGGGAGCGCUCGGACUGGGAGCGACGGCCGUCUCGGACUCCCUGAGCCUUCGAAGCACCGCAGAAGCACGGGAGAUCUGGUUCGGGGAUCGACCGAGGCCUCGGGUGAAGGCGCGUUCGAGGGACCAGUUCACAGAGGUGGAGACGUUGAGAGGGGCAAAGGAAGCGGGUCCGGAAGGGAACGCAGCUCAAGCUUGUCCUCGAUUUCGUCCUCCGCUCUCGUGCCGGCCGCAGGGGGGGCUGGCGAGGAGCGCUUCGACGAGGGCUUCGCAGGACAGAGAGGUCGAAACGGUCUCCCGCGUGGUCUUAAACCGUCGUCUUUGUCGCCGUCCGUUUCUGCGGGACCAGGCAUUCUGGCUGGGGGAAGGGCGAAGAAAGGCCGAGUCCCAGCUGACGCAUCUGUGCCGCCACGCAACUUACCGCCCGCCGACGGGACGGGUUCACCUCCGCCGCGGUCUUCUUCCUUCACCGCCUCUCAGGCAGACCGGCAGGCGGCAGAACCGCCUUCCCACGCUUCCCUUCCGACUGGAGGCGUCUCUUCGGGGCCAGCAGCGUUUCCCGGCGCGGUUUGCGCGGCUGCGCUGGUGGAGCCCUCGCCUUCGCCCCACAUCCCUGCGUCUCCGCCGUCUGCCUCGGCGCGUUCGCCCCUGUUAACUCCCGCUGCUGCAGCGGGCGCUCCUUCGCUCCAUCCACGCAACGCGCGCGCCUCCUUGCCGCCGUCUCCGCUGUCUCCGUUCGCAGGUGCGCCGCCUCUUCUGCCCCUCCAUGCGGCGCCGCACGGGUCUGUGCCUUUCGCGUCGCCGAAGACAGACACACGACCGCAGAGUGCACGCGGGACUGGUCAGGCGAGGGACGGAAGGCAGUCGCCGACCUACCAGGGUGUCGCCUGCGAGUCUCCGCCUUCCUGUGUGGACGACUGGAAUCACGAGUGGACGAAGAGCGGGCGGGGCGGUAAAAGGCAAGAGUCGUGGGCCUCUCAGCGUUGUGGCGGGAACGGCGAGCGGUCGCAGGCGGCAGCUGGCACCUCGCCUUGUCGACCGGCCAGCCCAGUGAGUUUCUACGCUAUCGGCAGCAGCGACGAACCUUCGUCUGGCCAGACAGAGGCCGCGAGUUCCGUCUCGAGGAAGAGCGAUGAGAGCUACCCGAGUGCGGGGCGGCUGUCGCCUGCUGCAUCCAGUUUCCGCGAGGGCUGUGCACCCGACCCGUCCAGCCGGGCCAGGAGGGGUCCGGGAAGAGACAGUGGGGAUCCUGACAGACGGCGCGAGGAAGACGACGAGCGAGGAAACAGGCCGAGUUCGCCACUUGGCAUUCACAGCCACCGAAAUUUGGGUGCAACGGGGGCUGGGUAUGGCGAUAGCGAAGGGAGAGAAGGGCAAUUCGAGAAGGGAACGUCGAGGACGCGGUCGGUCGAAGGUGUAGCCCGACUGACAAGUCCCUCGAGUUCCCUGCAGUCCGCGUCUCCCCAGCAUCCCUUCGAUCCGUCGUCCGUGGGUUCUUUCGGGCCUGCAUCCCCCACAGACGUGCUGGAGCGGACCGACGGCGCGCCUCGCCUCCGUGCCUGCUUUACUGGCGAGGGCGGAGCGAUCGGGAGGAGACGCCCAGAGUACGAGGAGGGCCGAGAGCAGACAAGGUUGGGUGAGAGGAUGAAUGGCGAGUCGGUGGCGUCUCCGGCGCGCGUGGCAGGCGGUUCCGAGGAGCGGGCGCAGCUGGUGAGUCCGGCGUCGUUUCACGGGGAUACCUCGCUCUCUCUUCGCUUGAUGGGCGAGCGAGAAGAAACGAGCUCGGCGCCACAGGUGCCUUCGUCGCCUUCGUCCAAAGACACGCCGACAGCCUCGACUCCUUCCUUGUCGGAGAGAGGAGCCGCGCAAGGCGCCACCGGAGACAGCACUUCGAGCACGUCCUCUCGCCGGGUAGCCCGCGAGCGGAUUCCCCUGAAGCAUCGCGCAGAGAAGCUGCUGUAUGUGCCUGGAGCUCUGAGGCGCCAGAAACUGCUCGGGCAACGCGCGGACGGCCAGGCCUGUGCUCCGAUUGCCGGGAGUGCGUCUUCGAUGGGUCAGUUGUCGGUCGACUCUCCGGGGGAGACAGGCAGGGACAGAGGCCUGGCGAUUCCGCCUCUCUCUCCCGCCUUGUCUCUUCAGUCUUGCUCAUCCGGCGGGCCUCCGAGCAGCGGCGACAGGGAUCGCGGCUCGGGGAGCUUGGCGUCGUCUUCAUACGCAGGUUUCCACUCGUAUGUGGCGUCCCCGUGCACGGGCGACAGAGACGCGCGCCGUGGCCAGGGCUCCAGCACCACGCCGAACUACGCCUCGUCCCGAACAAGCAGCUACCACGAAAGCGCCGCGACGUCUCCGGGAACGAGCUUCGCUUCGUCUCCCUCGAGCUAUCCCGCCAGCCGGCACGAGCCCCACAGCCACAGUGCGGGAGUCACGGGGCUCUUUGGCGGCUACCACGCCUCUCGGAACGGCGGCAACGCAUGCAGUCGGAGCAGCAGCCGAGACAGCGAGGGGCGAGGCGUGAGCGUGGCGUCUGCGUCCGCUCCAGCAACGUUCGCCGGGGCGAGGAGCGGGAACUACAGGAAGGGCGCCGGUCCAGACACCUCGCGCGAACGCUUCGCGUACCAAGACCAGCACGACUACGAAGAGGGCCGGAAACUGCAUGCAGGCGAGAGACUCGGCGGCCGCGGGCCGCCCCCGCCGUCCCAGGGCAUCUUCGCGUACAACGGUGCGCAUGCAUUCGCCUCGUCCGCGUCUGACCAGCAAAGGUUCACGCCCUACGGUCGCGCAAGUGGCGCUUCCAGCGGCUCGAGUGGGGCGUCUUCUGUGCGGUUUAGGCCUGGUGAGGGCCUCGACGAGGGAGGCCCGCGCGCGAGCUAUCGAGGUGAAGGCACGCAAGGCCCAAGGUACGCCUCACUCUCAGGGGCUGUCGGCCCCGGCGAGAGAGGGACAGGCCCUGGGAGCUACCCUGGGUACCCGCCCAGUCACCACAGCUUUAUGAGUCCGAAAGAAGCGCUGCGGACGCGGCACCGAGUCGUCGAAGAAGUCCACUGGCGGCUCGCCCACAACAGGAAGGUGCUCUCCGAGAGCGCCCACGGAAGCGCGAACUUGGACCAUGCGUUCGCAGGAGCCCCCGCCACGCCCGUCGGUUCGGAUCGCCAGUCGGCAUCGGCCGCAGGCAGCGGCCAGAGCAGCACGGGAGGGGGUUACCUGUCGAGUCAGAAGGCGUGUUCGUCGUUCGCAGAAGGACAGGCCAAGGCACAGUGGGUGACUUCCAGUGCGCCUGCAGCGGUUGGCCCAGGCCCCGCGGGCGAAUGCUCGCCGCCGCAGAGCCCCACGCCGGACAGCAUGUGCGAGGACGAGAGUCCUCGGAGCCGCAGGGACGCCGGGGCGACGUAUCCGUCUCCGCGCGACAGAGAUCGCGUGGGGCCCUCGUCGUUCUUCGACCGAGGCGAAGAUGACUUCCCGUACUCGGGACGAAGAGGCAGUUGCCACGAGGCACACGCGUACGCGAAUUCUCACUUCUGUAGACGAGGCGAGUCAAGUCGGAUACCCUGUGGCAUUGAGCCAAGUCGGACGACAUCAGGGGGCGCGUCGUUGCCUUCGUUCCGCCGUAGGCCGACAGGCUCCCAGUCCCACGUCGCGUCUCCGUCCUUCCAGCCCGGUGCGUCGUCCACGGCGACUCCUGGGCCAAGUGGCUUCGGCGCUGCAGGGCGUGGUCACUCGAGUCGGGGCAGCAACGGGGGGGGUGGUGUGUCUCCUUUCGCGUCUGGCUACUCCCACGAUGGCCAUGCCACCGCGACGCCAGGUUCAGCAGGCAGCGGGAUGUCGAAGAACGGCCAGGCGCGGUUGCUGCAUGCAGCGUUGAACUGCGCGGUGGGUCGGUCGGAAAGCUCCGGCUCGUCCCCUUUCGCUUCCUCGCCGCAGUUUGCGGGAGUCGGACACUUCUCGAGCAGAAACGCGGAAGCCGGCAGGGGAGGCCGCGGCUACGCCAGCGCAGGCGGAGAGAGACGACUUGAAAAUGCCGCGUCGGGGGACCUGGAGACCCCGCCCCUGGGCGCACGCCGCGAGAGUUCCGCGGCUUCGGGUUCGGAUGACGACGGGAGGGGCCAAGAAAGGUGA